GCAACUUAUAGACCCAAAAAAAGAACUUCGGUACAAUAUUUGUGCGGAUAAUUUUGAGAAGUGCAAUGGAAGGUUAUGAGAUUCUCGGUUUCUUAGGAAUUCUAAGGGAGUGCAUAAAGGUUAUAUCCAAAAAUGGGAAGCUCAUAGCCACCAUAACCACAAUCUCCAUCUUCCUAAACUCCUUCCUCUCGUUCAUGAAGUUCUUCUCCACCAAGACCGCGAUCAGCGACCUACUCACCCAAGAAACCCUUCUCUCUCUUUCAAACUCCAAUAUCACAAAUAUAGUUGAUUCGUUCGAACAUAUCAAGAAAGAUGUUCAAAUCAUCAUUGGAUUUGAAUUCCUAUAUUUGCUUCCUUCCUUGGCUAUCUACCUCUUUUCCUUGAUCACAAUGAUUCUGGCAUCCGCCAUAGCUUACAGCGAUAAGAACUUGUCUUUUGAGGAUUUUCUUUCGAGAAUCCCAAAGUUGUGUUUAAGAACUUUAGUCACGUCAUUCCAUCUAAUACUUUUCACAAUAGGUUACAUCGGCCUUUUCUCGGCUUUGCUGAUUUCUCUAAUGAUAUUAACUAUGGAUCACCCUCUUGUCCUAAUGCCCGUCGUCAUUACAUUUGGUUUGUUAGCCUCCAUUUUCUGGAUGUACCUCGCCUUCAUUUGGGAUGUCGCCUUGGUGGUUUCGGUGAUUGAAAAGAGUUGUUGUGGACUUCAGGCACUGGGAAAAGCCGGAGGGCUUGUUAAAGGGAAUAGGCUCCGUGGGCUUGCACUAAGUUUUUCCGACACAAUGGUAACGGUGAUUAUUUGUAUGAGUUUCAGGGGUAAUCCAAAUCAGAAACAGUGCAAGAAAACGCACGGUGAAGAGAUUGAAUUUUAAGGAAGCUGGGAGUUUAGUAGGAUAAGGAAUGAUAGAGGUCGUACUAAUUUGAAGCCUAUGCUUGUCAAGCUGUUCUUUGUAAAAGUUAUAUAUCUCUUGCUGAAGCUAAUUCUGUAUAGGCUUAUUUUCCAAAGUAAGAGCUCUGAUGGUAAUCCGAUGAUCGAGCAAACGUCAACUUCUGGAGGAAGUUGAGAAAAUCUGAUGAAAAUCCGAGUGUUUGUUGUUUUACCUGGUGUUGUUAUCAAUCUAGCUAGCCUUGUAACUGGCUGUUUGUGU